CUAUGUUUGGGCAGAGCUACCUGUUUGCUUGACCGUCGCAAUGCUCCGCGCCGCCAUAACCCGAAAUAUCACGCAUUUCUCCCGUAUCUUGGUAUACAGGUUUUCCACCGCAGCAAUUCCUGCACCCAACCACCAGCCCGACGUCAACUACAACAAGAUUUUCAUCAACAAUGAGUGGCAUGAUGCAGUUACCAACAAAACUUUUCCAACCAUCAAUCCAGCCACUGGAGAAGUGAUCUGCCAUGUUGCAGAAGGUGACAAGGCCGAUGUAGAUAAGGCGGUAAAGGCUGCAAAAGAUGCAUUCAGACUUGGCUCUCCAUGGCGGCGCAUGGAUGCAUCACACCGUGGGAUGCUCCUGCACCGCCUGGCUGAUUGCAUUGAGAGAGACUCUGCAUACUUAGCUGAGCUAGAGACUCUGGACAAUGGAAAGCCCUAUGCUGUGUCUUACACUGUUGAUUUGCCAAUGGUUGUCAAGGUCUUGAGAUAUUAUGCUGGCUGGGCUGAUAAAUGGGAGGGCAAGACCAUUCCAAUCGAUGGUGAUUAUUUCUGCUAUACUCGCCAUGAGCCUAUUGGAGUUUGCGGUCAGAUUAUUCCUUGGAACUUCCCUUUGCUGAUGCAGGCCUGGAAGCUUGGGCCUGCUCUGGCUACAGGUAACACAGUGGUAAUGAAAGUGGCAGAACAGACCCCUCUCACUGCACUCUAUGUGGCCAGCCUGAUUAAGGAGGUGGGCUUCCCCCCUGGUGUUGUGAACAUCAUCCCUGGGAUGGGUCCUUCAGCUGGAGCAGCCAUUGCUUCUCAUAUGGACGUAGAUAAAAUUGCUUUCACUGGCUCUACUGAGGUUGGUCACCUGAUCCAGCAAGCCUCUGGUGGAAGCAACCUGAAGAAAGUAACUUUGGAACUGGGUGGGAAAAGUCCUAACAUUGUUUUAUCUGAUGCCAACAUGGAGCAAGCAGUGGAGCAAUCCCACUCUGCCAUCUUUUUUAACAUGGGACAGUGCUGCUGUGCUGGUUCACGCACCUAUGUGCAGGAGAGCAUCUACGAUGAGUUUGUGGAGCGCAGUGUGGAAAAAGCAAAGAAAAGAGUGGUGGGCGAUCCCUUCAACCUUAAAACUGAGCAUGGACCACAGGUUGAUAAUGAGCAGUUUCAAAAGAUUCUAGGUUACAUCAGUAGUGGAAAGCAGGAAGGAGCUAAGCUUAUGUGUGGAGGUGGUGUGGCAGCAGAUCGUGGGUACUUCAUCCAACCGACCAUCUUUGGGGAUGUUCAGGAUGGCAUGAAAAUUGCCCGUGAAGAGAUCUUUGGACCGGUAAUGCAAAUUAUGAAGUUUAAGUCUAUGGAAGAAGUGAUUGAGCGAGCCAAUGACACCAUGUAUGGCCUUGCAGCUGCGGUCUUCACCACCGAUAUCAACAAGGCGCAAUACGUUUCCAACAGCCUCCGUGCUGGCACUGUGUGGAUCAACUGCUACAAUGUGUUUGGAGUCCAGGCACCCUUUGGUGGUUUCAAGGCUUCUGGGACUGGACGUGAACUGGGGCAGUAUGGCCUGGAAAACUACACAGAAGUCAAAACCGUGAUGAUUAAAAUCCCGCAGAAAAAUUCGUAAAUGGUCUUGAGUGACUAAAGAAACCAGUGCAGUGGAAAUGCAGAAAAGUGGCAUACUACAUAAGUACACAGCUUUUUUAGUUGACUUCAUGACUCAUUUUUAUGCAGUGUAUAAGACAUGUAGGUUAUACAUGUAUGCUUUUGAGAGUUCUUGUUUCUUAUUUAAAGAGCACAUAUUCUUAAAAAAAAAUAUUUUGGUAAAGGCAUUUACAUUGAUAUUGACUGUGUUACACUUUACACUGGUAUUGAAGUGCAUCUUUUCUACAAUAAAUGCUUUUUUAGUGUG